UCAAUCAUCCCUGGCUGUUUUCAGCUCUUUCGGCCUGACCAUGGCAACACACAGGCCUAGGGCACGUUCUGGCUUCUCUCACUAUUUUUAACAGAAUUACACAGAACUCUUCAGGAUUGAGCUCAGAGCACAGGGCCAACGUACAGAGAGGGCGGGAUGUGAGGCCAGUUUGUUCUGCCACCUGUGACGAUAUCUUAAAUUGGUAUGGGUCAGGCGGAGUGGCCAAGGCUUACACAUGACACGGGUGUGCGGCAUAUUGCCUAGAAACUCUCAAGGAACUCAACAUUUGUGUGUUUAGCCAACAGAAAACAGUGAUCUUCAUCAUUACGGUUCAUUUUGUAGGAUUCUUGCACAGGUCUGGAAACCUUUGGGGAAAAAGUAUGGAUAUUAUUGUUAUGGAUAUUCUGUUGUCAAGCCUUCUCAGUCCAUGUCAUCACUCUCUCUAAGUGCCAUGCCUCAGGUCCCUUCUCUGGGACGUAGAGCCACUUCACACCGCUACAUCUGUACUAAGGUCCUAUUGGCUGAGGGUGAGGAGACGCCCUUCACCGAGCACUGUCGCAACUAUGAGCACAAGUAUCAGAUUCUACAGACAGAGAUUCAAAAGCUGAAGGACCAGAUGCAGGAGCUGCACAGAGACCUGACCAAGCACCACUCACUCAUCAACACGGACUCCACAGAGGAGAUCCUGGAGAGAUCUGUGCACAUUGAUGAACAGAUUGAAGCACAGUACUCUGCCAUGCAGACUUUGAGGACCAUGUUUGAGGAGGCCUGUGAGGAGCCAUUUCAGAGAGGCACAAAUGAGCAAGAGAUCUAUGAAGCACAGCUCCAUGAUCUUCUUCAGCUAAAGCAGGAAAACUCAUACUUGAUGACUAUCGCACGACAGAUUGGACCGUACAUAUUGUCUAUAGCAAAAGUCAAGGAGCGCCUUGACCCCAGGUUCCAGGAGCCAAAAGAACCUGAAGAUGACCGCACUGAGACCAUGCUGAAGAUCUAUGAAGAUAGUAUAGUGACCAGUGAAUCACAGCAGAGUAAUGAUGAGAGCUCUUUCACAGUCUACAGCCGGGAUUCACACAGACAUAAGAAAGCUGGAAUCUUACAGCAUGAGGCACCAAAAAACUCUGACCACCACUGGCAAAGCAAACACAGAAAUAUUUCAGAGACAACGCUACGCAAAGAGCUGCCAUUCUAGCACCACACCUUCAGCCAACAACGUAAAGGACCUUCACCAUAACCCUAAUGUCCAGCCAGUCCAGACUGAAGUACAAAACAAAUGCAAUAAUAUGAACUAAAUAUUUAUGGUUCCUACGAUGACUUUGGAUUGAAAGGAAAUAAGGACACACUGCAAGAAAGUUACUGUAAAAUGUAGAAUGAAUUUUAUUUGCCGGUGGCUUUGCAUUGUAAUUUUACAGAAAUUAAAGCUUUAACAUCAGUAGCAUUAUAGUAAAAUAUGUAAAAUCUCUGGUAAAUUUUAACUGCUGUAUAAUCACAAUAUUUAUUGACAGCUGAAAUGGCCGUUAAUUUACUGUAAAUUUUACAGUACACUCAUACAUUGCAUGACAAUUACAUUUAUGAACUACUGUGAAUGUUUCUUCCUGUUUGACUUGAGUUUUGAAUUAAAUGUGUAGUUAAAAAGGAAUGAACUCAUGAAGUGAAACUUUCUGUAUUUUACUGUAUUUUGAAUUGUGUUUGAUAAAAUGUAUAAAAUGAGUAUUCUGGUUUGUGUACUUUGUGUAUUUAAAAAUAAAGAAUGUUGAAC